UUUCUUAUCUAAUGGUUCAAUUAUGAUGAACCCAUGUCAUUAUUCUAUGUAUUAAAUAUUUUAAAAGUGGAACUUUUUCACAUUGCGCCUGAACUAAGAGAUAUGAAUGCUUCAAUAUUGAUCGUUGCUUUAACUUGCGUUGCGUACGUGUAUGGUGAGAACUGUACCAGUUCUGCACAGGAAUGUACGAGUUUUACAUGUUCUCCAAACUUCCAUAAAGAAUGUGUUAACAUGGUGUGCACGUGUAAUCCAAAUCAAGCCGUAACUUGUUUCUCUCAAUCUGAUUGUACGAACAGUGAUCAACUACCAAAUUGUAACAGAAAUUGGCAUUGCGUGGACAACAGAUGCAGAUGUUAUUAACAUUGAUAUAAUCGAGAUACUAAUGUCAAUUUGGCAAAUUAACA